UGGGGCAGUUGCUCUUCCAGGAUGGAGGAGUUGGCUCAGAAGAGCUGGUUUUCCCCCAAGGCAGAAUUUCAGAGUCUCCAUGCUGCUUUGUGCUGGGUGAUGGAAGUGACGGAAAGAAGGAAACAGUGAUUCCUGUUGAUGUUUGUGAUCGACACAGCUGACUGCUCAGUUUGACCUCCCGACUGGCUGCGGAAGGACGGAUGCACAAACACACACACACAUACCCACACUCGCAGCGACUCAUUUUGUCCAAGUCUUGGAUGAAAGUGAAGAUGUUUCUCUUCAUCUUGCUUUCACUCUUCAAUUUCAACCCAUCUCUGAGCCUGAAAAUCUGCUCCUUCAACGUGAGGUCUUUUGGAGAAACAAAAAUAGCCAGACCUGAAGUCGUCGAUGCCGUAGUAAAGAUCAUUUCUCGCUGCGACAUCAUGUUGCUGAUGGAAAUAAAGGAGAACAAGAACCGAGUUUGUCCUCUCCUCCUGGAGGAGCUCACCAGUCAGCUGAAGGGACCGAAGGAGGAAUACAGCUAUGUGGUCAGUGAGAGGCUGGGAAGGAAGAGCUACAAGGAGCAGUAUGCCUUCAUCUACAGGCAAGAUCUGGUAUCAGUGAAACAAACCUAUCAGUACCCUGACACCCAGCCUGGGGAUGAGGAUGCCUUCUCCAGAGAGCCUUUUGCUGUCUGGUUCCAGUCUUCAAAAACUGCUGUCAAAGAGUUUGCUAUAAUCCCUCUUCACACCACACCAGAGACAGCAGUACGGGAGAUUGAUGAGCUCUAUGAUGUGUAUUUAGAUGUAAAACAGCACUGGAAAACCGAGAACUUCAUCUUCAUGGGGGACUUCAAUGCUGGAUGUAGCUACGUUCCCCAAAAGCAGUGGAAGAACAUUCGGCUGAGGACUUACUCCGAAUUUGUUUGGCUAAUUGGUGACAAAAAUGACACAACAGUUAAGAGAAGCACAAGCUGCCCAUAUGACAGGAUUGUGGUCAGGGGGCAGAAGCUCAUCAACGCCAUCGUGCCAAACUCUAUCAAUAUCUUUGAUUUCCAGAAGGACUUUCAGCUGACUGAGGAGCAGGCACUGGGGGUGAGCGACCACUUCCCUGUAGAGUUUGAGUUAAAAACAAGAGGUGGCUUCUUCAACUGGCUGAAAUCACAGUUUUCGAAGAAGAGAUCAAGGAAGGGCCGCCGCUCCAGGGCGUGAGUGCUGAGUCCUCUCAUGUGCUCUGGAAAUACACAGAUACCAACAGAUCUUGUAGAAGACCAGUGUAGAUAUACUCACAGCAAGUGCAAUAUUUUGUGGGGAAAAAAAAAAAAAAAGUUACAUUUCAAAUCUUCUGGGUGAGAAGAUUAAUUAAACCUCCAGAUUAUUUUCUGUAUUGCACAUGGAAACAAGUCAGCUGGAAGCAGCACACAGGGCUUCGGUGCUGAUCCCAAAUGUAAAGAGCUACUGCAAGAUAAAAUACUUCUCUGUGCUUUUUCUCUAAGUGCUUCAGGGCAGGGAUCUCCACACAUCCAUGCAGGCUGUGGAGCUCUGCCAUUCCUCUGCAGAGGCACAGGGAUUAAAAGGACCUUUCUGCAUCA